AUGCCUGUGCACCACAGCAGUGUAUUGGCGAGUCUGCCGGCUCUGACGAUCUAUCUGUUGCUGCUGUCGACCUCGACACGUGGUCAGUCCCCAAUAGAACACGAGCCAGUGGAGCAUCUGAAGGCCCACCUGCCCAAGAGAGGCGAUGACAUCAGCGGGAAACUGGAGCUCUUUCUUCAGGCCCCGCCCGAGGAGCUGAAACGCAAGACCGCCAAGAUGAACGAGAACCUGAGGAAAGUCCUCAAUGACGAAGCUCACGUGAGCGCCUUCCUCGUCAAAGGCUCGACUGUCCUGUCGCAGAGAGCGGCGGAGGGGAUCCAGUUCAACUCCACCUUUCUUCUCCCGCACGCCGUCCUCCUGCCCAUCCUGUCUACAACACUACCAAUCCUUUUGGAGGGCUACAAGCCGGAACUACUCACAAAUCCCAUGGGAGAUGUUCUGAGGGGAAAACACAGAGAACACAGCAGUGUUAAGGACUACCUCUCCUUCAGCUUGCACGACCUGACAACUAAACUACCGCAGAGUGGUAAUUCAGUCGACCUAGACUCGCCCACCCUCCUCCCGGAGCUAAACAGACGGGGCAAGGCCGCCUUUUUCUAUCUCACCACGGUCUUAGGUACUGUUGCAGAGGAUGCUUGGAGAGACGCACUCAUAUCGGUAGCUAUGGACUACUCCGUGUUCAGCGACAAGGGACAGAUGCUCACACACUUGAAGGACGUGGCCAGAUACGCAGAGGCCCUGGGCAGCGACAUGGUCAACUUUUUUGAGGUCUCCAAGUCAGACUUACACCCGGUGGACGGCGGGCACUUUUUGUACGGGUGGUGGUUCAACUGUCCUCGAGGUGGCGGGAAAGCAAGUAGCAAGGAAGACAGAUGUCUAGCUCCGUUUCUACCCUCUAAUGCCAUGGCCGUGUUGCACAACGUGAUUCGGAUGUACACGGUCCCUAGACUCAAUCUCCAUCUCUUGAUUGCCAAUUCCGACAAAUCGUCAGGGGCUCCCCACACCCUUGUGGAUGUGCUUGCACAGGACAGACUCAUCUGGGAUGCACUAUACUCUGUAGUGGACCCUUCGACUGAGCAAAAGGACGACAAGAAGAAGUCAGCGGGAGAAAAGAAGGAAGAAGACAAGAGGGAAGAAGAGGACAAACGAAAAGAUGGUAGGAAAGAGGCACCCGCCCAACCACCAUUGAAGGCAGAAGAGAGCCAGAAACCAACACAACAAACAUCUGAACCAGAAACUGCUACUGAGCAGACUAAAGUGAAGGAAGAAGAGAAUUCUCCGCCGGAAGAGCCAGUGGAAUCACAGACACAAGAGGAGCCAUCAGAGGGAGCUGAUGCACCGACCGAACCGCCACCAGAGGCGAAUGAAACAGUGGAACCACAGACAGUUAAAGUAACUGAAGAGCCUCCAAAAAUGACUACAGAAGACGAGCCAGAAAGACCAACCGAGCUGCCAGAAAUGCCGGGAGAGAAAGACACACCAGCACAAGAAACACCUCAAGAACCAACCGUUGCUACUCCUGCCAACAAAAAGAAAACUGCGAAAGAGACGGUGACUAAAGCCACAGAGGAUGAAGUAGUCGGAGAAUCAACACCACCAAGAAAGAAACCUGCAGUUUCCUCAGCUGCAGCUGGCACCCAGUCACCGCCAGUCAAGAGAGAGGAAGACGAAGUCGUGGAGGAAGAUACGGAGAAGGUGGACAUGAAGAAGGAGGGGAGAAAGGAAGGAGACGUGAAGAAAAAGUCACUCCUGGUGUGGGCCAUCUACAAGAGCUGGCCGGUUUUCGUGUUCCUGUUCUACACCAUUCUGUCCCACAUUUGGGUCUACUGGAUUAUGCACCUCGUCUGGUUGGUCUGCAGCACUCUGUUUAGUGGCAUCUACCUCCCUCGACCCAAAACUGCCAAGGAAGACUAA